AGAGAAAAUUUUGCAUGCCAAGCACACGACUUUGUACAUAUUCCGUUUAUUUCCCUCAAAAUUAGCUACUAAAACGCACUUCCUUCAAAACCACAAUGGCUCGCGGACAUCAGAAAAUUCAAUCGCAGCAGAAAGCGCAAGAAAAGGCGGCCAAGCUCAAGAAGCAACAAGGCCACGGUUUGAGUGAUCAGAUGAAGGCGGCCCAGAAAGCACUCGUGUUUUCCUGUGCCGUUUGCAAAUCCCAGAUGCCCGAUCCCAAAACGUACAAGCAGCACUUUGAAAACAAGCAUCCCAAAAACGAUCUCCCAGCGGAACUGAAAGAUGUCUAG